AUGCUAGAAUUCAUUGUUGAGCUUUUUGAAUUUUUAGAAAAAAGAAGCAAGCCCUCUGAAAAAGGCAACAAAAAUUUUCACAUAUCUCAAGGUGUGACAGAACAGCUGAAAAAGCAGCUUAAUACUAAGAAAAAUGCGCGAACAGAAGCAAAUAGACUGCUUAUAGCAGAGAUUACAGAAAUAAUUGAAGGAUGUGAGCCACUUUUACUUGAAAAGUGGUAUAUAGAAAUCAAUUUAGCAAAAAACAAUAUAAAAAUCCCUUCGAAAAAGACUGGUUAUGAUUUCAAAAUUCUGAUGAGUUCCUUGAUGAGCGCAAGCCUACUAUUUCCUUCAGCUUAUGCAGCUCAAACCUCAAUAAAAAUUGGUGAUCUUCAAUCUUUUUCAAGAAAUUCUCUGUGGGAAUUAUCAGUUUCUCGAAAUGAAAUUUUGAAAUUCCCACAAAGCCCUAUUGAGGUACAAUUUCCAGAAGGAAAUUUAAAGGCUUAUGUAGAAUAUUUAGGAAGCCCAGCCAAGCCAAAGAUUUCACCUCAGCAGCUAGGGAGCAGACCAAGGUUGGUUUCUAUUGGAGACGAACUGGAUUUUAAAGAGUCUCAAAAACCUCUUAAAAUUCACCAGUCGUUACAAAGCACAGAAACAUCCCAAAAAUUCCAAAAUAAAGAAAAUAGCCGAUUUUUAUCCCUAAUUGAAUCAGAGAGCUUUUAUGAUGAAAAUGAGAUUGGGUUUAAGCCGAUUUCUAGUGUUCUUUUUACAGAAGAGCUACAAAUUGAGUCAGAUGAAGAAAUUAAUGAAUUUGAGACAGCAGAAGAAAUUAAUGAAGGGGAAAUGCAAAAUGACUCAAAAAUUUCAGUUUAUUGGAAAAAAUGUGACGAGGUAUUAAAUUUGAAAUUAUUCAAUGGGAAUGAAAAUUCGAAUAUUCUGGCGAGGGAGCUUGUAUAUAGCUGGAAGAAUAAAAAAUCAGAAAUAAAAUAG